AUCAAGCAUCCUAAUAUCGUGCGACUGGUGGAAGUUAUUGAAACAGACAAAUACAUUGGUGUCAUACUGGAAUAUGCUGCCAGCGGUUCGCUGGCAGAACGGAUCUCUGCCAAGCAUUAUUACCUCAAGGAUAGUGACGCGUGCAAGCUGUUCUCUCAGCUAUUAUCAGCGGUAUGGUACCUUCACCAGAGGAAGAUGGCGCAUUGCGAUCUAUGCAUUGACCACCUCUUCCUCGAUCACCGGCGCAAUCUCGUCAUCACCAGUCUCGGGCUGGCUAUAUUUGGGGCAGAGAGCGACUUGGACAAGCUAUCAGAAAUUCGUCACAGUUCUCCGUAUUUCGUGGCUCCCGAGGCACUGCUAUCGAAUCGCGAAAACGAUCACUUUGCCUUCGACGUCUGGUCAUGCGGAGUCAUACUCUUCGUUUUGCUCGCAGGACAUCUUCCCUUCGAUGACGCGGCCGACCCAGAAGGGCGCGACCCUGCUCAGCUGCAUCGACUCAUCCUUCAAACGCGCGUUACAUUCCCCGAGCACAUUUCC